CCACACUGUGGAAAAUACCUUUGCAGAUGCGACACCCAAGUGCACACGCCGACUGCUGCGUGGGCUUUUCCGCCGGGAACGCCUGGGGUGAACGCGUGUUUUAUAGGCGUUUCCAGAAGCGUGGGUGCCCCUCCAGACAGGAAGCUGGCGGGCAGGGGUGGCAGCAGCCGCUCUAACCUUGGGGAGACCAGCGGCCCUCAGCCACGCGGGAGGAGAGAGUUAAUGACACUCACCCCCACCUGCGCGCACACGCGCGCACACACACACACACACACACACACACACACACGCAAGGCAGGGUUGGUGGGAGAGAGGAGGACGUUCUCCUUCUUCUGCAGCCUGGGUCUCCCACUGGCCUUCCCCUGCCCUGAGCGAGACACCAGGUGCCAGGUAAAGGGCCACACCUGGCCGGGCCCCCACUCGAUCAUGACCCACCUGGCCUUCCGGGGAUGCUGAGCUCAGCCCUCCUUCCCGGACCAGCUCAGCCUCCCCUGCCCUCCUCUCUCCAGUAAGGAGCCAGACCACACAUCCCACCGUCCCCAGGGUAACCCCAGGCCAAGCGCAGACGGCUCAGCUGUGACCUUGGGCCUCUGGGGCACCAACUGGGUAGCUGGCUCAGGGUGGAAGGUGCUCCUCUUCCCCUUCUCCGUGGUCCCUUCCACGGGCCGGCCACCAUGUCCAGGGGGCACAAUGCGGGGCCUCCGGCCACGCAACCAUCUCCAAGCUAACAGCCCCUGUCCUGCCCCAGCUCUGGGACAGGCAGGAGGGGGCCAUCACAGCCCCGCCCGUGCGUGAGUGACCCCAGAGGCGGCUUCCGGGCCGAGGCAGAGCCACCAGGCCCUUCCUCCGGGAGCCACUUAUUAAAACGUCCACCACGACCCGAGGCCGGCCCUCCGCACAGAAGCCAUACGCGGGCCCCCUGCGCCGCCUUCUCUGUCCGCGGACACCGCUGCCGAUCUGACCUUUGUAAAGACCCGUCUGUUUCCCCGCCGCCUGUGGUUCCAGCAGGUUCUAUGCCGUCUGCACUGGGAUGUCCGGUUGUUUCUAUUUCUGAACUUUUUAAAACUUGCAGGCGUGCCACACCCACUUUCUCACAGUGUUUGAAUAUUGUGUGGAACUGUUGAUGCGACGUGAAUUCAUACACAAUAAAAAGCCUCAUUGCCCUUUG